GCAGUCAGGAGAGGGGCAGCUGCCACACUCUUCAGAUAUCUCUCUAUUUAAAGUUCAAAGAGACACUGGAUGACAACAACAAAGAGGUGAGCGUGGCUCUGACCAACCCACCCAGCAACAAGAAGAAUGGCUGAAAAAGCUGCAUUAUCACACCUUCUGGUCCCAAUUCUUCUCUUGAUUGCCUGGAUUGUGGGCUGUAUCAUAAUGGUUUAUGUUGUCUUCUCCUAGAAAGGCAAGAAGACUUCAGACUGACAUCAUUUAGAAGAACGAAGAAAAGCAUGAACGUGACAGAUUAUUAAACGUUUCUCAUGUAAAUAACUGCAAUGUUUGACAUCACUUUAUAAGCCUUUAUAAACUUGGAUUUGUAAAC